AUGGUUUCAUCUGAAACAACAUGUACAUUGAUCGGUGGAAGCUUAAUUGUUCUACUUAUUGCUGGUUAUUUUGGCCAGCACUUGUUACCAGCACCUAAACCGAAAAUUAUCGGUUUAGAUUUAGGUACAACUUAUUCGUGUGUUGGUAUCUAUCAUGCCAUAAGCGGUUUAGUUGAAAUUAUUCCUACUCAACGCAAUCGUUCAUGUUUACCGUCCAUUAUCUCAUUUCUUCCCAAUGGUAGUACAUUAUUAGGCUACGAUGCAUUCGAUCACAUGGAAACAAAUCCUAACUAUACGAUUUACGAUGCCAAACGAUUCAUCGGAAAGCAAUUUUCAUUAGAAUCAGUUGAAAAACUUCAAAAAGAUUAUCCGUUUGAAUUAGUUCGAACGGAUCAAGGUUACGUCGAAUUCAUCAUAUCAGAGAAUGGAACACGAAUUACGCCUGAACAGGUCGGAUCACUGCUCCUGAAAUAUUUGAAACAACUUGUUGAGCAACAUCUAAAGAUCGCAAAAAUCAAACUUUGUGUUCUUAGCGUUCCUGCUGAAUUUGAUGACUUGCAACGGCAAUUCACACGACGAGCUGCAGAAUUGAUCGAUCUGAAAGUCGAACGAAUUAUAUCCGAGCCAACAGCAGCAGCUCUUGCUUACGGUUUUCACAAGAAAGAAAACGUUCGCUACGUUCUGGUUAUCGAUAUUGGCGGUGGCACGACGGACGUUAGUCUCUUAUCUGUACAAAAUGGCAUGUUUUCAACUCAAGCAAUGGCAGGAAACAAUCGCCUGGGUGGUCAAGAUUUUAAUCAAAAUUUAUUCAAUUAUAUUUUAACGCUAGUUGAAGAUUCCAAUAAAAAAACCGAUUCACUCUUCCUCCAACAUUUACGUAUCGAAGUCGAAAAGUGUAAAAUUGAUUUAUCAACAGCGAAUCAAUGUUUAAUAGAUUCGAAAUGGAUUAUCACACGAGAGAAGUUCGAAGAAAUUAAUCAAGACUUAUUUCGAAAGAUUCGCGAGCCGUUAGACAGAAUAUUUGCUUAUAUCAAUUCAGAUAUCAGUGGUGAUGAUGAUGAUACUAAUAGUCGGUUAACAGUUAACAAUAUUGAUGAAAUUGUUUUAGUUGGCGGUUCGACACGUAUGUUAAAAAUUCGAGAGUUAAUUGCAGAUUAUUUUCAGAAGAAACCAAAUGUUAAUAUCGAUCCUGAUGUGGCUGUUACACAUGGAGUGUCGAUUCAAGCAGGAAUUCUAGGCGGAGUAUGGCCAUUGAAUGUUAGCGCGACAGAAGUGCGAACAGCAGUUGAGAAAAUUCAUAUCGAGAUUUAA